CAAGAGUUGGGGUGCACUGUAUGUGGGCAGCUGACUCCAUUAUCGAAGCUGAGUUGUUCCAGUCAUGUCGCCCGGUUGCUCUAUAUCUUAGAAAACGAUGCAUGUACUGUCAAGGAGCGUGCAAGCGACUCCGAUCCCAUCUGCCCUCUUGGUGGCCCAGUCAGGGAUUCCACUACCGAUCUGAUUUGUGUAACUUGCAGGUCAUGUAUUCACAAAGGAAAGGUUCCCAAACAUGCGCUAGCAAAUAACUUGUGGUUGGGUGAGGUGCCAGAAGUGCUGUCCAGGCUUUCUUUCAUUGAACGCAUACUCGUGUCAUGGAUCCGUCACAGUUGCUGUUUUGUCCGUGUCGCCAUCUCAGGGCAUCCUGAACUUGGCUCUAGGAAGAUGAUUUUGCACGUCGUUGCAUUCGAGUCUCCGGUUUCCAAGGUGUACGACACUCUUCCUCUUCCGCGUGAGGAGCUGGACGAAGUGCUGGCCAUUUUGUUCACUGGUCUGACUCAGCCGACCGAGGAGGAGAUGAAACGUACACCAUUGUUAGUAUGGCAUUGUAAUGUUAUGGAUGCAUUGGGAUGGCUUCAGCUAAAUCAUUGCAAUUAUGCACAGGUGGAGUUGUCCGAAGCUAACAUGUCCACAUACAUCGAUGGCGAGGCACCCAUGACGGUGGUAUAUAAGAAUCGGAGCAGCAACAAGGUACCAGAAGGCACCAGCAUAUUCGAUAAUGAUGAUGCCGAUGGUACUACAGAUGAGCCUUGUCCGGUCAUAGUACACGGCCUUAUGGGUGAGCAG